GCUUGUUUUCCUCAGCAGUACCCAUUUUAGAAAGAAAACGAAUCUUUCAAUUGGGAAAUCCUUCUUGUUUUGCUCCUUUUUCAUACACGAGUCCGUUGCUGACUUUGCCUGAUACCCCCUGUAAAAGGUCAUCAGAGCAUCCCCAAUUAAAAGCUUUUAAAAGAUAUAACCCAGUGCUUUUUUUUUUUUUUAAGUUGUCAUAAGCUUCCAUUUCUAACUCGGUCAUAUUUUAGAUUUCUAGUGGUCGUUUCCAUUCUUUAGUUGUUUCCACUUUUUCGUUGUUGCCACUAUGAUGAUGAGCAAAGCGGAUUAGAUAACUGCAUGAAUGGUAGGUCCAUAAAGGACUAAUAGGGGUGACAAAACACGGAAGAACCUCAGGAUGUCUGUAAUUCAGCAAGGGACGGCAACACUUCGUAAAGCAAAGAAAAUCACUGUAAAAACGUGUCUAGAUAACCCCUUUGUUUUUCAGUGGAAAACCAUAGAUGGAAAAGAUAUGCAUUUUAUACUACAGACCUUAGAAGAAAGGAUUAAACAUAUUGGACUUAAAAAGAUUGAGAGUCCAAGGAAGAAAAAACGUUCCCUUACAAAAAAACAAGUGGAAAGAAAGUGCGAUACUGGCACCAACGAGCUCCCUAAAGAGGAGGAAACAGAAAGCCAUCAACAAAAAACAGGGUGGACUGACAUAAGUAUCAGAAGACAGCUUGCUAUUGGAGUUAAUGAAGUUACAAAAGCAUUGGAAAAAAAUGAACUGCUUCUCUUGCUGGUGUGCAAGUCUGCAAAGCCUGCCAUGAUCACAUCGCAUCUCAUUGAGCUGAGCGCAAGUCGAGCCACACCAGCAGGCCAAGUGCCCCGGCUCAGUGAAACAGUUGCGCCACUUCUCGGCUUAACAUCCAUUUUAGCACUAGGCUUCAAAAAGCAGUCUGAUAAAUUUACUGAAACGAUAGAAGCAAUAAUUCCAAAGAUACCAGCACUGCAAGUGCCGUGGUUUCAGGGCAGAGCUGAAGAAUCUGUGGCUUAUGCAGAUACAGAUUCUUCAGAAAAUGAGGAACCUGAUGAGCUUGCAGAUGCACGGGGGGAUGAGCUCACAAGCCAGAAGCGGAAGCGUACAGAAAGCAAUCAGCCUGAUCUUUCAAAUGUAAUUUUGCAGCCUUUGAAAAUCAAGAAACUUGUCCCAAAUCCCAAUAAGAUAAAGAAACCACCUCGCAAAAAGAAAAAGCUUUUUCAGCAUAACUGAUUGUAGUUUGGUUCAGUUAAUAUGAUUUUUUACAUGCAGAAUAGAGUACAAUUCUAACUGAAUAAUAUUUUUAGGCUUUACAGUGUAAAGCUCUUGAAUACAAGGUGAAUUCUGUGUUGCAUUCAGUUGAGGUACUUUCUGCUUUAACAAAGAAUAUUGCUCAGA